CGUCUUUACGUUCCACUAAUAAAACCGCCGAACCAGUGAAAUGGCCCGUACGAAGCAAACUGCCCGUAAGUCGACCGGAGGUAAGGCUCCGCGCAAGCAGCUGGCCACCAAGGCUGCUCGCAAGAGUGCCCCGGCCACCGGAGGAGUGAAGAAGCCGCAUCGUUACCGUCCGGGAACCGUAGCCCUGCGUGAGAUCCGUCGCUACCAGAAAUCGACCGAGCUGCUGAUCCGCAAGCUGCCCUUCCAGCGUCUGGUGCGUGAAAUUGCCCAGGACUUCAAGACCGAUCUGCGCUUCCAGAGCUCGGCCGUGAUGGCCCUGCAGGAGGCCAGCGAGGCGUACCUUGUCGGCCUGUUCGAGGACACCAACUUGUGCGCCAUUCAUGCGAAGCGCGUCACCAUCAUGCCGAAAGACAUUCAGCUGGCUCGUCGCAUCCGCGGAGAGCGAACCAGUGAAAUGGCCCGUACGAAGCAAACUGCCCGUAAGUCGACCGGAGGUAAGGCUCCGCGCAAGCAGCUGGCCACCAAGGCUGCUCGCAAGAGUGCCCCGGCCACCGGAGGAGUGAAGAAGCCGCAUCGUUACCGUCCGGGAACCGUAGCCCUGCGUGAGAUCCGUCGCUACCAGAAAUCGACCGAGCUGCUGAUCCGCAAGCUGCCCUUCCAGCGUCUGGUGCGUGAAAUUGCCCAGGACUUCAAGACCGAUCUGCGCUUCCAGAGCUCGGCCGUGAUGGCCCUGCAGGAGGCCAGCGAGGCGUACCUUGUCGGCCUGUUCGAGGACACCAACUUGUGCGCCAUUCAUGCGAAGCGCGUCACCAUCAUGCCGAAAGACAUUCAGCUGGCUCGUCGCAUCCGCGGAGAGCGUGCCUAAAUUUUCGCCCGUAUCCC